ACGCCAAAGAGUUUCAAGUCUUCACACCCAUGGGGCCCAGCUUCAGAAUAGAGGCACGCUUUAGGGCUAUUAUUGUUCUUCUCCUGAUCUUAUUAAUGUGGACUCCUUGGCCGUUUGACACCUUCUGGAUCCUUGAAACUGGUAGACAAAAUUCCCUGGUCCAAGACAGAUCAAGAGCAACAACUGCCAGGGCUAUGACCUUAAAAAUCUGUCAGACAUUUACCUAACCAGAGAAGUGUUUAUCUGGCUCAGGAACUGAAUUCAGGGCAACAAUUUUGUCUACAUUCAUGCCUGGAACUCUGCUAGAGCGGGUUGUGUGCUAGAUAUACAAGGAUGUAUCCUGUUCCCUGUCUCUGUUUUUCCAACCUCCUAAGUGGAAUCACUUGCCUAAUUUAAAAGUGUGUUUUUCUGACCUUAGGCUUUUAGCCCAGCUGCCAAGAGCAAAUGUUGUUCUCUUGCGAUACCUUUUUGGAGUGCUAUACAACAUUGAGCAACAUUCCUCAUCCAAUCAGAUGAAACCUUAUAAUUUAUCCGUUUGUAUAGCCCCAAGCGUUCUUUACCCACCUGAUUCCGGCAGCUUGGAAUUGGAAGACAACUUGAUAAGAAAGAUUUGUCUUGUACAAUUUCUCAUUGAAAAUUGCCUCAGGAUAUUUGGAGAAGACAUCACUUCCCUCUUGGACGAGAACUCAAUGAGUCUUGGUAACAGCGAGAAGGCUGCAGACUCCGGCCGUAAGACUGUGACAAGCCGUUCUCUCAGUGACAGAGCCUUUUGUCAGAGUUCCAGCACUUGUCAGCACAACCAGUGCACAGCCCCACCUUCCGCAAAGCCAGGACAGCUCUUUGGAGUUCCCCUCAUGGAUGUGUGUGAUAAAGACAACUUGCCCUUCCCAAUUCUGGUAGGUCAUCUCCUUUUGGACUUCUAGAGCCCUCCUGAGGUGGGGAAACUCUGAGAGGCCACGUGUCCUCAUCCAAAUCUAUCCCCAAAUGGAGAAGUCAUUAGACAGCCCCUGGCUUGGGCUGAGAAGCUCUGUUACUGUUAUUUCAAGGAACAGAAUCUGACUUAGGUCCAGCAGAGUCAUGAGGCAAAUACAACAGGAAAAGACAUUCUUGUCCAUUCCACUUGGGUCUUGUUUCCGCAAAGACCCACCGAGGCCUGUUCAGAUCAGUCAAAAUGACUCUGUGUAUGUGAGUCUCUGAGAGUCCACCUCAUCUUCACACUCUCCCUUCAUUGCCUUCCUGCACUCACAUGAGUCUCAAGUCUCCUUCAACGGAGUCUACUCAGUCUAACAACUGCAAACAUCUGACACGAACAUAGACUCAUCCUCUGGCAAAUAGGAAUCUGUUAAUCCUAACAGAAUAUGUCAAAUGAAAGCCACAGAGUUUGGCCUGUGUUAUCUCAAACUGCUGUAGUGAAUUGUCAGUGUGGACCUUCACUGAGUAUUCAGUGUCUCUGCAAGCACUGUACGGGAUGUAGGGAACAUUCUCCUAGCUAUGAAGAAAUGUAUCAUAUUAGCUACUUUGUUACCUGCUAGCCACUACCGCAGGUCCUUGCAUCACAGCAAAUUUAGGGGCUAGCUAGGAUUAUCAUCCUCCACACUUGCUAACCGAAUCAGAAAAGCCUCAGUACAGGAUGUAUGUGCCCCAGCUCACACAAUAGAUAAGUAGCAUAAUAGACUUCAGAUCCAUUGGAUUCCCUGAGUCCAGCCCUUAUUAAGAUUCUACACAGCAGAGAGAGGACAUGAAGAUAGAGCAAAAGACAAUUUAAGACUCAUGAGAAGGGAGGGUAAUCAGAGAAGGACAAGAGAGUUUCUGAGCCUGACUUUAAAAGGGGGAAGGAAAUAGAACAAUUAGGAAAGGAGUAUACAGUCACUUAAAGAGAAAUAAACAAAUGGGAAAUGAGUAUUCCCUAAAUAGACUUCCAUACUUGGGGAAGAGCAUCUACGUAGGGGAAUAAUGAGAAAAGCAUGGUAAAGUAGGAAACAGACGGUGAUUCCGCAAAGGCCUUGAAGCAGAGAAGUUAGAUUUAAGAGUGGAAACUCAAUGGAAAGGAAAAUCUGAUUAAAA